AUGGGCGCGGCGGCCUCCUCUGCGUGGAACCGCCUCGGUGUCCCCUCGCUGCGCCUCCCCGAGCGGCCCAGACCCGCCUGGCUGGGGGUGGCCGCGGCGGGCCUGGCCGCGGUGGCGCUGGGGACGGUCCUCUGGCGCCGCGCAAGGCCCAGGCGGCGCCGGCGGCUGCAGCAGGUGGGCACCGUGGCCGAGCUCUGCAUCUACCCGGUCAAGUCCUGCAAGGGGGUGUCGGUGAGCCAGGCCGAGUGCACGGCCUUGGGGCUGCGCAGCGGCCACCUGCGGGACAGGUUUUGGCUGGUGGUCGAUGAGACGGGGAACAUGGUCACUGCUCGCCAGGAACCCCGCCUGGUCCUGAUUUCCCUGACCUGUGGGGGGGAGUCCCUGACUCUCAGCGCAACCUGCAUGAAGGACCUGUCGCUGCCCAUCAAGACGCCCACCACGAAUGCAGUGUUCAAGUGCAGAGUGCAUGGUCUGGAGAUCGAGGGCAGGGACUGUGGCGAGGCUGCAGCCCAGUGGAUCACCAGCUUCCUGAAGACCCAGCCCUACCGCCUGGUGCAUUUCGAGCCUCACAUGCAACCGAGGAGGCCCCACCAACUAAAGGACGUGUUCCGGCCCACAGAGCAGAUCGCUUACUCGGAUGUCAGCCCGCUCCUGGUCCUGUCUGAGGCUUCGCUGGCCGAUCUCAACACCAGGCUGGAGAAGCAAGUUAAAGCGGCUAACUUCAGGCCCAACAUUGUGAUUUCUGGGUGUGGCGUCUACGCAGAGGAUUUGUGGAACGAGCUUCUUAUUGGUGAUGUGGAGCUGAAGAGGGUGAUGGCUUGUUCCAGGUGCAUUUUAACCACAGUGGACCCGGACACCGGCGUCAUGAGCAGGAAGGAGCCGCUGGAUACCCUGAAGAGUUACCGCCUGGGUAACCCCUCGGAACGAAAAUUACAUGGGAAAUCGCCUCUCUUUGGACAGUAUUUUGUUCUGGAAAACCCAGGGACAAUCAAAGUGGGAGACGCCGUGUACCUGCUGAGCCAGUAAAGGGAUCGCAGGCCCUGGAGCGUCAGAUGCGCGUCCUCAGAAACGCCAACACUCGAGGUACAAUGUUCUGGAACUGACGUCUCCGAAUUGUUUUAGCUCUGCGAUCUCCAAGUCUUCCCUUGAUUGAACUUCCUUGCA